AUGGAAGAAGCUGCCGCCGCUGCCUUGCUUCAAGUUCUAUUUCAAAAGCUCAUCGAGUAUGCCAGGGAUCAGGUCUCUUUUGUUCGAGGUUUCAGAAAUGAAGCAGAACAGUUGACUGAAAAUCUGGACAUGAUCCAGAAAUUCUUGAGUGAUUCAGAGAGGGGCUCCAUCGCUGGUGAGGCUGUCAAGAAGUGGCUCACAGAUCUCGGAAAUGGGGGGUUCGAUGCUGACAAUGUUUUGGAUGAAAUCAAAUAUCAUCAACUCUCCAAACAAAGCAAGGCUAUGAUUGCCAACAAACCAAUGAAACAAAAGGUAUUGUCAUGCUUCUCAUUCUGUCUUCGUAUUUCACGUGCUCGAAGUAUGGCUCUUAGAAUCCAACAAAUCAAUGGGGAUUUGGGGGUCAUUAACAAAAGGGCUGCCGAUCUUGGCCUCGUCGGGAGACUUGCUGCUGCUGUGCCCACUUUGCCUGAUGUUGCUCGUGAAACUGACUCGUUCUCUCUUGAUCCUAUUUUUAUUGGAAGAGAUGAGAUGAUGUCAGAAAUAGUUGAACAGCUUACUGCUUGUAUCACAACUGAUGAACCUAUUUCUAUCCUUGCCAUUGUGGGAAUGGGAGGAUUGGGAAAGACAACUUUGACUAGGGAAGUCUUCCAUUUUAUCAAAGAAAAGAAUCUGUUUGGAUCACAUAUUUGGGUGCAUGUUUCUCAAAAUUUUGAUCCACUCGGGGAUAAGGAAGGUGUUUUGAAAAAACUUGAUGGUGCUUUAAAAGAUAAAUCGCAUCUUCUUAUUCUUGAUGAUAUUUGGAAUGAAAGUGUUCUCACAUGGGAAGAAUUUUUUCAUCCCUUGUUGCGCGUUAGUUCUAUGAAGGGUAAUGCGAUUGUUGUUACCACCAGAAGUAUGGACGUCGCUUCAAUUAUGAAACCAUUUCAUACACAUGAGCUGCAAAUUUUAUCAAAUGAAGAUUGUUGGUCAAUUAUCAAAGAAAAAACUUUUGGAAAAGAGAAUGUUCCUUCAGAACUUGAGGCCUCUGGAACAAAGAUUGCAGAAAAAUGUAAAGGUUUGCCAUUAGCUGCCAGCGUAGUUGGUGGAGUACUACUGUGUGAUAAAUCUGAAGAAAAAUGGCACUCGAUCAAAGAGAAUUGGCUUUCACGAUAUGAAGGAAAUGAUAUCGCACAGAUAUUGAAGUUUAGUUUUGAUAAUUUGCCUCUGCCGUCACUCAAAAAGUGUUUUGCAUAUUGUUCGAUUUUUCCUAAAGGUUACAAAAUUAGAACACGGGAUCUGAUCGAGUAUUGGAUGGGCGAAGGAUUUCUUGAAGCUGAUAGAAGCAGUGACAUGGAAUCUAUGGGAGAAAAAUUUAUCUAUAUUCUGUUUUAA